AUGAAACGCAUCUUCCGGAGAAAGCUGCGGUCCAACCUGACCUCGCUGGAUGACGUCAGGCCGUUUCAGCGACGCCUCAGCCUUCCAGCCCCCAAUGAGGUGGAAAUUCUCCAUUCCAUCAACAACGCCGCCACAGAACCCCACGAACCAGAUGACUUCUUGGACGAGGAGUCCGUGGCGCUUUCCGAGACAGAAACUCUAGCACAGCCCAAGUCCCACCGCUGGGACCUCCAGGAAACGUAUAUGGAGAAUUACACCGAGUAUCUUCCGUACGUGAUGAACAGGCUCAGGGCUCAGGCACUAGACGAACAGAGGGCUAGAGCUGAGGACCUCAGUCCCACAGCGACUUUGGAUGACGAUGAAACGAUGAUUCUGGAACUGGAGCUGGGAAAUUGCAUCUUGGGCCGGCCCCCGGAUGCCUGGAACUUGAAGCGCAGCUUGGUGGUGCUGAGAGAGUUCAUCAAGGGUACCACCUACUUGUUUGCAGACAUGCGGGCGUUUGAAAAGUUCCGCUACUUGCGGGCCAACCAGAAAAAGCUCAACAAAAACACUUUUAUUGUCUACGAUGCCGAGGGCAAUAUCAAAAAAGUGAGAGGGAAGCCGCCGUCAGAGGAAAACAUGGCCCUGCUUACGAGAAAGGGCUCUGUGGUGGACCAACGACAGCACAUUAUACCCGUUGACCAUAAACUCCGGGGUGACGGCUUGCCCAUUUUCAAAAUCAUCAGCCCCUACAUGUCCUCGUUCCGCAAAAAGGUGCCGUAUAUGGUGUUCCGUCGGUAUCGCCAGAUUCCGCUUCGUCCCAAAGGCACAGAAAAAGACGACGAGGACGAGAAUUACGAACUGUACGUCUUCUGCACUGUUCAGGUCAAAAACUACUCCCUCUACCGCCGCUUCAUCUUCUACUUCACUCCUGAAGGUCUUCCCCCUCUGAAGUUGUUGGUUUUCCAGAACAACCACCGGCCAUUUGCAGAUUUCAACUACCGAGACACCCGUUUCCGGAUCCUGGGAACCUGUCUCACAAAUCCAUACCUCAUGAGCUACAACCCCGAAAUGAAGUUGCUUGUGCUUGGGCCUCGCCAAAACUCGCUUUGCGACAAUAUUAUAGACAAGCUGAGCCAGAACGCCGCCAAGUCCGGCUCUACUAUCGACCUCACAGACAAUAUCCUGCCUGAAGACUUCCCCAACCCUGUUCCCCAUCCCAAGAACCCCAUUUUAGCUGACGAUGAUGGUCCCUUAUCAAGAACAUCUAUCAGAACCUACAUUCUCAACAAGAUGCCACCUUUUGGUCGCUUCCUCGACUCAUGUGCAUACAUGGACGACUCCCCGUUGUUCCCAAAACGAUACUCAGAAACAGGCAAGGUUGAAUUGUACCAGGACAAUACUAACAUGGACCCUCACGCUGAUCUCUCACUUGCCUCGAGUCUCGAUCACGACAGCUUGGUGAUUUCUACGGUGUUUUUGACGCUCCAGGAAACAAGAACAAGAAACACCAAUCGCUAUGCCUCCAACAAGUUCAUGGGAGGUGUAGGUGGAGGUGCUUACCUUGCUGGUCUGGCGGGUAGAGGCAUUGAGCCACAUCAUAUUGGCACUUUCACCAUGAAUGCCCUCUAG